UUCCACUUGGACUUGAGUUUAUAGUUGGCUUCUUUUUUCUGUUUUUCUCUCUUUUUCCCCCAUUUCUCUCAAUCUCCAACAAAAUUUCAACAUGCCUUAGAUUGCUCCUUCAUUUUCUACUCUUCUCCGAUUCUCCUCUAUAAAUUGCUGCACUACGGUAUAUCAUUUGUGUUUCCUUUCCCUUUCUCCGAUUUACUGAUUUUGCCUUUCCUUUUCUCUUAGAUUUUGGUUGUGUUUUCAGUACCUACUAUUCUGCUAUUGUUGUGUCCAACAAUGCGUGUGAAUUGAUGGAGAGGCAUCUUUUCAUUGAAAUUGGUCGUGUGAACUGUCUUAUAAGAUGUACUACUUUCAGGGUUCAUGAGGCUCAAUGAGUCCUCAUCAAGGAGCAUAAGGAGCUCCGAAGAUUUCUGCAUAUCAACAUUACUCGUUGUCAUCAAGGGGUUCUAUCCAAGAAACGUCAUUAGAUAUACUAGGAAUUGACUAAAAAACUUGUUGCAUAGUGGGAAGAUCUUUGGGUCACCGAAUACGCCAAUGGAUAGAUCAGAUACAUCGGGGUUUGUAAGCAGUGGAGGUAGUAGUAAUCUGUUUGAAUCUGUGGGUGCUGUUACGUAUAUCUGCUUUUAGUAUUCCUUAAAACUUGUUGGCAAGAUUAUCCUGUUAGUUUAAACUUCAGCGUUGAGAGAAUGGAUUUGAACAAGACUGUUGCACACUAUUCUCAAAAUGGUGAUCUCACAAAAGAUGACAACUUUGGUGACACUACGUUGAGCUUGAAUUGUUUUGGCUUUGGAGGAAGAAAAUCCUCCGGAUGUGCAGUUGCUUUAAAUGACCUGAACUUUAGCUUCCGCUAUGCUCCAGAUGAUGGCUGCAGACUAGUACUUGGACUUGGCCCAACUCCUAGUGCUAACUGUGAUGAUUAUUACAAUGUUGGAUAUAAUAAGAAUAAGGCACAAGUUACAUCUCUACCAAACGAAAUAUCGCCGACUGACUCAAUAUUGCAGCUCGGUCUUUCUGGAGGGACUAAUGAAGCUUCAAGUGUGCUCGAAUGUUCAGUUUCAGCAGAAACUGAUGUCAGUGCAGCUUAUCUGAUAAACCAAUGGGCUGCCGAAGCUAAUCAAUUGUCUAUCCCACUAGUUGAUGAGGGUUCUACCUCAGCAAAAAAAUCAGGUGGGUAUAUGCCAUCACUUCUUUUUGCUCCAAGAAUGGGCACUUCAAAGGUUCUGAUUCAGCAGGAGCUUCUUGAAACUGACAGUGGAAAUCAGCUGAGCCAAGAACUAUCACCUACUGUAGAAUACUCCUUAGGAACUGUAAUCGACCAGACAACCAAAAGCGUGAGUUCAGAUCAUCAGGCAAACAAUUCUAAAAGGUGCAAAUACUUUGGCUGUGAGAAGGGUGCACGAGGAGCAUCUGGUCUUUGUAUUGGUCAUGGAGGUGGACAUAGAUGCCAGAAACCUGGGUGCAAUAAGGGUGCUGAGAGUCGUACUGCUUACUGUAAGGCUCAUGGUGGAGGGAGGAGGUGCCAACAUUUAGGGUGCACCAAAAGUGCGGAGGGGAAGACAGAAUUUUGCAUAGCUCAUGGUGGUGGUAGACGUUGUGGAUAUUCAGGUGGAUGUGCUAAGGCUGCGCGUGGCAAGUCGGGCCUUUGUAUUAGACAUGGUGGGGGGAAAAGAUGUAAGAUGGAAGGCUGUACUCGUAGUGCUGAAGGACAAGCUGGUCUGUGUAUUUCUCAUGGUGGCGGACGCCGUUGCCAGUAUGAAUCCUGCACAAAAGGUGCACAAGGAAGUACCAUGUAUUGUAAGGCCCAUGGGGGAGGGAAGCGAUGUAUAUUUGCCGGAUGCACAAAAGGGGCUGAAGGGAGUACUCCUCUUUGCAAGGGACAUGGUGGGGGAAAGCGUUGCCUCUUUGAUGGGGGUGGGAUUUGCCCAAAAAGUGUACAUGGGGGAACAAAUUUUUGUGUUGCUCAUGGUGGUGGAAAGAGGUGUGUUGUGACAGGAUGCACGAAAAGUGCUCGUGGGCGCACUGAUUGCUGUGUCAGACAUGGCGGAGGCAAGCGAUGCAAAUUUGAGAACUGUGGAAAGAGUGCCCAAGGGAGCACAGAUUUCUGCAAAGCCCAUGGAGGUGGAAAAAGAUGCACAUGGGGAGAAGGCAAGUGUGAAAAGUUUGCAAGGGGUAAGAGUGGUUUAUGUGCUGCUCAUAGUAGCAUGGUCCAAGAUCGAGAAACAAACAGGGGAAGCCUGAUUGGGCCAGGACUUUUCCAUGGUCUGGUGUCUGCUUCUGCUGCAUCUACCGUUGGAGAUAGCUUGGACAACUAUAAUUCAUCUUCUGGAGUCAGUUUCAUAUGUGACUCGAUUGAUUCCCCGGAGAAGCCUACUAAGCGGCAUCGGCUUAUACCACCACAGGUAUUGGUUCCAUCUUCAAUGAAGUCAUCAGCAUCAUAUUCUAGUUUUUUGAGUACAGAGAAGGGAGAGGAAGAAGGGAAUGGAUAUUGUAUUGGCACAAAAUCCCUUGAAUAUUCAAUUCCUGAGGGGAGGGUUCAUGGAGGUGGGCUCAUGUCAUUGCUUGGCGGGCAUCUGAAGAUGAAUAUGAAUAAUGGCAUUUAAGGUUAUCUGCUCCGGAAGCCACUGGAAAGGAUAAAUCUGGUAAUUUGUGAUUUUAAUAACGCAUUGGAAUCCUGUACAUAAAACUUCAGUUGGGUGUCUGUGAAUCGUGUACUGUAAUAAUGAAUGAUUAGGUUUGUAGUUUUACAUUAUGGUAUUGUCAGGCUAUCUGAUUUAAAACAUUAUCAGCACUUUCGUGUCAAUAGCUAAGUAUUUUUGUAUCGUUAUAAAGUCAAGCUCAUGCUUUGGUGGUUAAUUGUGGUGGUUUUGCUUUCUAAAAA